CAACGCACAUUCUCGAUUCUCUCUCUCCGCUCGACUCUGCCAUCAACGGCCAUCGAGACCAUCGCAGCUCUGCACCUUUUGUUCUCCACCUCCCUCUUUCUCGCCUCCUCCACCCAGCCAGCGCCUCGACCUUCGUCGACCAUGUCGCGGCAAUCAGAUCACUCUUCCAGCGCUAGCACUCCUGCUAUGCCGACCUCAACCCAGGAUGACCGUAGAGCUCUGAUGGAGCCGAGCAAGGCCUUGCAAGGAUUAGGACAAGCCUCGCCCGCCGAGCCUCGAUUGACCGAUCAAGAGCGAGAAGUGCUAGCGAGCGUAACUCGAAAGAUUCGUAGAUGGCGCAACAUUGGAGUGUUGGGCGGAGGAGUCUUUGCAGGUAUCCUAGUAACGCGUCGAAAAUUCUCCCCUAUAGCUCGAUUGUUCGGUAUAGGCGCAGGAAUGGGCAUCGGAGGAGUAGCCGUUGCUCCUUUUGCGGCGAUCGGGAGUAGAGAUGAGAUCAAUUCCUUGAUGAGCCAGGACCAUUUCAGAGAGACGUUGAAGGAGGCUAUGAAGAGGGGAGAAGAUCCUUUCAAGCUGCUCAACAGGUCCAACGAUCCUGCGCAGGCUGCAGGGGAGGGCAUGGAUGCAUCGUCGGAAGCGCAGUUUGGGUACGGUGCGACGAGCGGCGCCCCUCAAGGCGACAAUGCGUUCGCUCCACAAGCUCGUUCUUCGCGCUCAGCCACACCUUCAAGCAAUGACCAGCCUCGCACGACUGCUGCCUCCUUGCCUCCCACUUUCAACACACCCUCUGCAUUCGGAUCAAACGAUCGCGCUUCAUCCGCAUCAGACCACACGCUCUCUUCCUCCUCCUCCUCCUCUUCCAUUCCAACAUCGUUCGAUUCUUCGCUCUCCGAGCCGCAAUCUGGGCUCAGCGGUCCACCGCAGCAGCAGCAGCAGCAGCAGCAUCAAAGUCGAUGGGCAGAGCUGCGAAACGAAAAGACAUCUCCCGAAUCCAGUUGGGAGAAGAUUCGACAAGAGAGUGGACGGAGGGACAUGCCGCGUGAGGUCAGAGGAAGCACAUCUUCAGGCUCCCAGCCCGCUCAAGAACCCGACCCGUUCGCGGCACACGGUGCUGCGAGGGACAAUCACCCGCGAGCAGGUAUGACCAAGCUGGACGGACGAGGGGAUGCGGGCGCGCCUGGCUCUGUCAUUGCUGCGGGUGAGGACGAAGGGGCUAGGCAGAGGGAAAGGUGUAGGAGAGAAUUCGAAAUGGGUAUGGAGAGGGAAAGAAGAGGAGUGCAAGGCUCGACCAUCAAUUACAAUUGAGAUGUCGGGAGCGAGUUGGGGAAAUCAAGAGUUUGAUUUUACCUACUUGGAUCUUCUGCACGGCAGCGAAAUCGCAUCAUCCACUGCGUACCGUGACGAGAUCGCACCUUUGACUGAAUGCUGCAGAUGUUGCUGUCAGGUUGGCACAUUUUGUCGUGGGUCUUGUAAAGUCAAAGCGGCAGCCGACCAUGCUGCUGCUCAUGGCAUUGCUGUAAAGUGCUCGGCAAGAUUUACAACAGGAGCGUACGAAACACGAAUGCGAAAGGUGGAGUGGAACGCAUGUCCUUGCGGGGGGUUACAUGCACAGC